AUGUUCAACGAGAAGUUCGUCAUCGGUCUGGCUUCGGCCUGUUCUGCACUCACAGCAGUUGCUUGUUUGAUAGUUGUCCCAUCUCUCUACAUCACUAUCAAUCAGAUCCACGAUACUGUGCUCGACGGAGUGUCCGUGUUCCGUGUUGAGACCGACUCCGCCUGGAACCAUAUGAUGGACUACCAUGUGGCUGUUGUUCCUCCAGCCAAAGCUCGUAAAAAUCCUUUCACUUCAAUCUUCCGUGAUAGAAGACAGGCCGGUCUGCCCUCCUUCUGCCAGUGCACACCCACGGAGCCCAUAUGCCCACCCGGACCACCUGGACCUCCGGGACCUGCUGGAACACCUGGACAGCCUGGAGCACCUGGUCAGCCUGGAAAUGACAACACUGUUACCUACGCUCCUAUCCAAUGUCCCGGACCAAGUACUGAAUGUAUCACAUGCCCUGCAGGACCACCUGGACCGCCUGGUCCUGCUGGAGGUCCGGGAAAUCCAGGACCCAAUGGGAACCCGGGCCAAGCCGGAUCUCCUGGUCAAGGUGGACAGCCAGGACCCGCUGGGCCUCCUGGAGACGCAGGAUCACCAGGAAAUCCUGGGAGCGAUGGACAACCUGGAGAGCCGGGUCGAGACGGCACCAUAUCUACUUCGUAUCCGGGACCACCUGGAGCGAACGGUCCGAUGGGACCUCCCGGCAACGGGGGUGGUGGAGGAAUUCUGGGAUCACCAGGUGUUCAAGGAGCAAUCGGGCCAGCUGGAAAUCCGGGACCACCUGGACCACCUGGGCCCGACGGGAACCCGGGGAAAGCAGGGGGCCCUGGAACUCCAGGAGGCGACGCUGCCUACUGCCCCUGCCCACCUCGGUCUGUUAUAUUCUUGUCUCGCAUUGCUAAGAACUGA